GCGGCAGUGGCAGCAGCAGCAGCAGUGCGGUGCAAGCCUCCUCCUCCUCAACCCGCGCUUUAGCCGACCACGCGGUCUUUCCGAAGCGCUCGCCCUCCCUCAUAGUCGCUUAAAGCCUUGCUGCUGUUGUUAUUGGAGAAACGUGGAAAGAAAACAACUUACGAUUUAGCACCCUAACCCCCCUUCCCCUUAUCAACCACCCCCCCCCCCGGAUUUGAGAGGGGUUUGUCAGUUUUCAGAGCGCCGCAGAGGGAACUAUUGAAUCGCCGAUAGCAAUUACGACGACUGUACCUCACGGGGUGGGUGUGUGGGGUGGUGUGUGUGGGUUGGUAUAGCGUAGCCGCGAGCAGUUGAAUCUUGAUUUAGGGGAGCGAGCGACGAGAUCUAUAUAGAUGGUACAAUACCCAUUUAUCACAAAAUCUGGAUUUCCUUUGGCCGUCUGCUGUAGUCGACUGGCAAAACACGAAGCGUUUUGUCCGACGAAGCAGUGGCCCCGUGUCUCCUACUGCGUAAGCGGCGACUGAAAGGAAACUGCUGCCGAUUGCUGCUGCUGCCGAUCGUCUAAGAGUUACGGGAGCACAGAUCCAACAUAAGUGUCCACUCCUUCUCGGGAUGGUGAACAGCCAGUGCCCCGAGCCGCAGGCCACCGGGCCCCCCAAGCGGUGUGCCGGCUGCGGUGGGAAAAUUGCUGACCGGUUCCUGCUCUACUCAAUGGAUUGUUACUGGCACAGCCGUUGCCUCAAGUGCUCUUGCUGCCAGGCGCAGCUUGGAGACCUGGGCACGUCGUGCUACACCCGUCAGGGCAUGAUCCUGUGUCGCGACGACUACAUCAGGAUGUUUGGAAGCAGUGGAGCCUGCAACGCUUGUGGCCAGUCUAUCCCAGCCAGCGAGCUGGUCAUGAAGACGCAGGGCAACGUCUACCAUCUCAAGUGUUUUGCCUGUGCCACGUGCCGGACCCGGCUGGUUCCGGGCGAUCGGUUCCACUAUGUUAACGGCAGCUUGUUCUGCGAGCAUGACCGACCGGUGGGCCCAGGCCCACUCACCGCCCACAGGGGCACCCUGGGUGAUGGCAGCCUGCCCAGCCACCCACUGGCACCACACACGCUUGCGGAUCAAAAGGUGUGUUGAAGAGAUGGGAGCCUGAGACUCGGUGCCUUGAUUUUGCCUGCAGAUGGCUGAACCUAUCACACGCCCCGACGCCGCAGUUGUACAGAGUUGUUGGGGAUGGUGGGGGGGGGAAAGGGGGGCAGAGUUGUUUGUCCUGUGUGGGUUUCCCAUUACUGCCUGCUAAUUACCCAUGCCUGAAUGUUUCCAUUGUCGGGGAGGGACAGGGCUGGGGUAACCGCUUAAUGAGGCCCCGCAGCCAAUCCACCCAAUGUCCUGUAUCCAGAGCUAAUUAGCCGCUUGAAUGUUAAUUUGCUAAUUAGCAGAGUGAAUGUUAAUUAACACACCUAAUGACUAUUCUUCAUCCGUGACUCCAUGCUAAUCAAAAGUUUAUCAGAGUAAUUAUCUAUCCUUGCAUCUAUGGCAUAAUUAGUUCAUUAAGAUACAGUAGGCGGAGAAUAUAUCAUAAUAACCACAUAAUGCAUUUGACAUUACUGGGUACAAUAAGCCUUAUUAAUUUUCACACUUCUGCACUAUUAUCUUCCUAGUCCAGCUGCGCAUACUUUGCUUUUUAAUGAUCAAGUCUUUAUUUUCCACGGAAUGUGAUGGGUCUGUGAUUAUGCCCGUUUUGGUAAUUUUAUCUGUAAAUAUUAAGUAACCUUUUUUCCGUUGCUGUGCCAUCGUUUAAACCCUAGCCUUAGAAAGCCCCCUGGCAUUGGUUUGGGUCCAUUGGGUGUAUCUAUCGCACGUUGACUGGCACAGAGAAAAAAAGAAACCCUGUUGUGGUUGCCCUGUCAGU